AUGGAUGGUUUAACUCCACAUACAGAAACUCGAGCGAAUUGCCAUAAGAUUACACAAUUGGAAGAGAAAGUAAUUGUUGAAUACAUACUUGAUAUGGAUCGAAGAGGAUUUCCACCUAAAAUCAAGGGUGUAGAAGAUAUAGCGAAUUAUAUUCUUGAAUCAAGAAAUGCGAAGAAAGUUGGAAAGCUCUGGGCUCAUCGAUUCGUAAAGCGUCAUACAGAAUUAAAGACAUGUUUUAGUCGUGUUUAUGAUUUUCAAAGAGCUCUCUAUGAAGACUUUAAGCUUCUUGAGGAGUGGUUUCGAUUGGUAUCGAAUAUACGAGCAAAAUAUGGUAUUCUGGAUUGCGAUUUCUAUAAUUUCGACAAAACAGACUUUAUGAUGGGGAUUAUGAGUGCUGCAAUGGUUGUAACUGAUGCUGAACGACGAGGCAGAGGUAAAGCAGUACAACCAGGCAAUCGAGAAUGGGCUACAGCAAUUAUAUAUGGUAAUAGGGAGGGUGAAACUAUACCUCUAUUUCUGGUAGUUCAAGGACAAAUCCAUCUUUCCAAUUGGUACACCGAAACCGAUUUUCCUACGGAUUGGGCUAUCAAACCUACUUCCAAUGGAUGGACGAAUAAUGAGACAGGAUUAGAAUGA